GACUCAUUCGUUUUUGUCCAAAUCUCGGUCUUCCAUUACGACAACCGUGAAGAUACCCUCACCUGCAAGCUCUCCGUGUGGCUGGGGGACACGUUUUUCUCAAGUAGCAGCUGGACGUUAGUGGCCGUUACCACCGAACGGGUCAUCUCCAUCGUCUGGCCGCACCAGGUUCGAAUGUCAUGCACCGUCAUCAAGGCCAGGUUUAUAAUCAUAGGGAUGUUCUUAAUCAUGAUAUGCAUUUACAUGCCUAUGUUCUUCAUACGCAAUCGCAUGGAAAUCUUUGAUACCACCACGAACACAACCAGUGUUAAAUACUGCACCAUCACGUACAAUCGCGAAUUCUUGAAUAUGUUCUAUUUCUUCCUUGAUGGCGCGGUUUUCGCCUACAUUCCCUGUUCUCUCCUCAGCGUGUUCAAUAUCGUUAUUAUCUAUAAUGUCAUCAAAAGUCGCCAUCGGGUUUUGAAGUUUAGCGCAACUAGUCUAUUUACAACGGGGACUUCUAUCGGCAAAGCAGUGAGAAGAAAGAAAGAUUCAAAAAGAGAGACUUCUCUAACCCUGACUUUAGUAGCCAUCAACGUCAUGUUUAUCGUCUGCAAUGCUCCAAUCUGUCUGUUUUUACUGGGCCCACAUUACCAAACCCCAGAAGGAAUGGGUCCCCUGGGAGACGGUAUAACAAGGCUUCUUUUUCUGCUCAUGACCACGAACAAUGCAGCAAAUUUCGUCCUUUACUGUACCACGGGGUCAAGGUUCAGGGGAGAAGCACUUGACUUGAUA